ACCUAUCUUCUUCCUUCUGAAAAUGAAAGUAAAGUUACUUCGACGACCCCGGGAAGUUACAUUCAAGGAAAACACCGUCCUAAAAUAGUGCAAUAGUUUGUUUGUUUAUCAGAAUAAAAGAAAACGAGUUGCUUUCUGGACGUGAACUGACAGACGAGUCCAAGUUUUCUCAGAAAACGUCUGCCUGUAGAACACUUUGACACUUUGCAUCAGAGCUGUGCCGGUAUAGACGGGGUCAGUGAUGGACAGACAGACGCUUUCCCGCAUUGACGAGGAGCUGGACUCCUUGGAGGUGGCGGCACUUCGCUUCCUGUGUCUCGAUUUUGUCAACAAAAAACGUCUGGAGAGGAUCAGAGAUGCCAAAGACCUGUUCUUAAGACUAGAGGAAAGGGGUCUGCUGGAAAAUCAUUUCUUCCUUCAUCAGCUGCUCAACACGAUCCAUCGAGCAGAUCUUCUCAACCUCCUAGAGACCGACAGCCGACAACCAGAAGAAACAGAUUCAAGUCCUACACUGUCACCAUACAGGGUGAUGCUGUACCAACUAUAUGAAAACAUGACUCUGGAGAAUCUGGAAAGGUUGAAGUUUUUGUUCAGCGACAGGCUGUACAAAAGAGAAAUAGAGGCCAGCGAUACAGCACUGGAUUUAUUUGUUAAAAUGGAACAGGCUGGUUUCCUUGCCGACAACUAUCUCCAUGAGCUGCUGGAAGCACUACGACAAUUUGAUCAACAACUGGCGAUGACUGUCCAGCGCCACAAAGACGAAGUAAAUCCACAGGAUCAGAUGAGAUCGUCUCCUCAUGUCAGCAUGGAUUACCAGAGGGUGGAGAACACCUCUCAGCCCAUGCAGCCUGUUUUUUCCAUACCCGAGACUCAGUGCAUUGCUUUAGGGCUUGGAGAGAAUAUUGCCUCGGAUGCAGAACCAAGUCGGAAGCCAUUCUUGGAUGCAGAACCAACUCGGAAGCCAUCCUUGGAUGCAGAACCAACUCGGGAGGCAUCCUCUUUUCCUGACGAGACGGAGUACUAUCGCCUGGAUCAUAACCCUCGUGGUCAGUGUGUUAUCAUCAACAAUGAGGAAUUCAACGGACACGAGCUAAGAAAAAGAGCAGGAACUGAGGAGGAUGCAAGGGCUCUGCGCUCAGUGUUCACAUACCUUGGCUUCAAAGUGGUGAUUCAUGACAACUUGACUGCUGACGCCAUACGACAUCAACUAACGGAGCUGGGCAAAAAUAAUUUUUUGGAUCAAGAUGCCUUGGUGGUGUGUGUGCUCUCCCAUGGAGAAAAGGGAUGCAUCUUUGGGACUGAUGAGAAGCCAGUUUACCUGCGAGAUCUGACGAAGCCUUUUACCAGCAGUAGAGCCUCCACCCUGGCAGGGAAACCCAAGCUGUUCUUUAUCCAGGCGUGUCAGGGAAGUGACUACCAGGGAGGAGCCCUGCCAUGCCCCCCAAAGCCAAGAGAGGAGGAGCAGAUGGUCAAAGAGAGCCUGGAGGAAGACGCAGGUCCUGUGAUGGGUGAGACAGUCCCCUGGGAUGCUGAUUUCUUGCUGGGCAUGGCCACUGUAUCCGAGUGCAGAUCAUUCCGACACACUAUCAAAGGCUCCAUCUACAUCCAGGAGCUAUGUACACAACUGAUGAUUUCAGCAGAAAGCAAGGAGAUGGACGACAUCCUCACUGUUCUGACUCGUGUGAACAGGAACGUUGGCAAAGGACAGUAUUUGAGCCACAAACAAAUGCCAGAGCCUAAAUACACUCUGACCAAGAAGCUUGUCCUCAAAAAAUGUGUGUGAGCUGACUGCAAGCAGGUGGAAACACUGCAAAUGUGCCAGAUUCCCUAUGUGUGUUAUAUGUAUGAUGAUUGUAUGAAAUGUUAUGACUUGAUGAGUGUCAUUGUCAAAGAGUUGACCAUGAGAACAAAUAAGAUCAAUUUUUAACCAAGUAUCAGUUCAACUGACUUUCCCAAGUAUUAGGAUGUUGCAUGUAUGUUACAUUUGCAACACAUUUGUACAAAAAUACCAAUGUACUGAUUCUAUGGCUUUAGUUUUAGUUUUAGUUUUAGUUUUAGUACGGGUCUAAAGAUAUUGGUUCUCGGGGUGUCCAUAUGCUGUGUAUAGACCAGGAGUCUCAAACUCAAAUAUCUUGGGGCCACCGUGCAUCUAAUAAUCUAUACUUGAUAAAAAACAUGCAGAAAUGACUAGUGAUAAUAAUAAUUGGCAUUAAUAGUGUGAUAAUUGUAAGCAAAUAUUUUGUUGUUAUUAUUAUUAUAAUAAAAAAUUAAGGUUGUGUGUUUCAGCUGAAUUUCCCUCUGCUGUUGGUUGGAGAAUAUGUGGUUUAGCAUGAAAACUGAAAAGAUGAUUAAACUAAUCAAUGUGGGCUGCUGUAAAAAAAACGAACAUGGUGGCCUUUGUGAAAGGCUCAUUCUGGGGUAAUGAAAAACAUCACUUCAUACAAUCAGCCACUUGUAUACCUCUGGUUUAUGCAACAUUAUUUUAAUUCAUAUUUAGCAUUGGAUAUAAAAUAAUGUAAACUGGAGAGAAAGGUGCAAUAAAUGGUCAUGUAAGUGA